CUUAAAUGGCAAAUGGUUACCAUGAAAAAAAAUAAUAAUGAAUUAUAAGAAGUAUUGAAUUCUCAACCAUUUUUAACAUAAAAUAGACCUGGUAGUAAAUUCAUCAAAACUAAUCAUAUAGGAAUCAAUUUAACUAAAAAAAAGUUUACAAGUCUUAAAAUUGAAUUGAAGUUAAUUGAAAAUGUUGUAGGUAGUUUCUGCAGUUUGUAAGAAAAUAAGGAUUAUAUGGGAUAAACAAGGUGACUGAAAAUAAAAUAGAAAAGAUGUUAAAAUAUCAGAAGUUAAGGAAUAAAAAUGUUCUAUUGAAAACUCCAAGACAGCGGUAUAGGUAUUUUAAUGAUCACACUCCUCCUGAUCAACAAGAUGAUUACGAUGAUAAUAUGGAUGGAGACGAACCCAUGGACGAUGAAAAUGAUGGUGAAUACGGUGGAGAUUUUAGGCAACAGAAGCCGAGAGGCCGGGGUGGAUUCAGGGGUAGAGGUGGUAUGAACAGAAUGGACUUUGGUUCCAGAGGACCUCCUAUGGGUCAAGGUGGGCCACAUGGACCUCCUCCUCGAUUUAGGGGAAGAGGAUUUGGUCCAAGAGGACCUCCUCCUGGUUUCAGAGGUCAUGGUCCACCUCCUUUUGCUGGUGGAGGACCCAGGGGUCCAAGAUUUCGUGGAGGACCACCUCCUCCUGGAUAUGACCCUAACUGGGGACCGAUGCCGCCCGGUGGUAUGCCACCCCAUGGAGGACCACCUCCGCCUCAUAUGAUGGGUCCUCCUGGAGGACCAGGGAUGGGGCCACCUCCACCACAUAUGAUGGGACCCGGAGGACCUCCAAUGGGAAUGCCGCCACCAGGACCAUUUGGUCCGCCACCAGGAAUGACUGGACCUCCAAAUCCAAAUGGUCCACCUCCUAUGAUGCCACCACCAGGGAACAUGGGCGGUGGUGGAGGCGGAGGACAAGGCCCUCCUAGCGGAGGCCCAGGACCUGGUCCAGUUCAGGGUCCCCCAGGUCCAGGGGGUCCACCAGGCCCAGGAGGACCGAUGGGAGGAGGUUCUGGCCCACCGAUGAACAUGCCUCCUCCCAACAUGACUGGUGGUCCUCCACCUCAGAUAGAUCUUUCUGGAGAAGUUUGGGUAGAAGCUAAAUCAGCUGAAGGAAAAUCCUAUUUUUAUAAUGCACGUACUAGGGAAACGACGUGGUCCAAGCCUGAGGGUCAAGUAAAGAUCAUCAUGCAAGAACAAGUUGAAGCAAUGGCUCAAGCUGCAGGUGUGAAUCCUGGUGGCGGUCCAAUGGGCCAGGGAAUGCCACCGCAAGGGCAGCCACCUCAACAGCAGCAGCAGCCACCACCUCAAGGGAUGCAGAUGGAUCAAGAUAAGCAAGGUGGGCCUCAGAAUGGUCAUGAUCAGCCACCACAGCAGUCUCAACAGCAGAAUAUGCAUGGUUUCAUGCCAAACCCAACAGGCAUGCCACCACCUGGGUCGAUGCCACCCACAGGGAUGCCACCUGGAGCGAUGCCACCUGGUGGAAUGCCCCCUCCUGGUGGACCACCUGGAGGACCUCCUCUUCAACCUCCUAUGGGAAUGCCUCCUCCAAUGAUGCCUCCCCCUUUUACUGGAGGACCUCCGGGUUAUCCUGGUGGACCUUUUGGCUUACCUCCACCUGGUUUUCCAUUUCCUGGAGGAUUCCCUCCUCCUUGGGCAGGGAUGCCAAUGGGGCAGGCUCCUCCGACUGCAGGACCUCCUACUAUAUCAGCUCCUCCAAUUACAUCUGGGCCCCCACAACCAGAAGAUUCGUCAACUCCUCAGAUUGACCCCGAGAUAGUUGCUAGAGCUGCUGAAUGGACUGAGCAUAGAGCUCCUGAUGGCAGAUUUUAUUAUUAUAAUGCUAAAGCUGGAGAAUCCGUAUGGGAGAAACCACAGCCUUUAAAGGAUUUAGAAGUUGCCAAGCAAGCUGCAGCACAAGGUGUGACUACCACUAUGCCCCCAUCUGCAGCUCCUAUUACUCCGCCUACUUCUAGCACAAAUAUCAACAAUACAAAAACAGAAGAAAAUGAGUCAACAUCAGAUGAUGAAAAUGUCUCUGCACCAACAGAAAAAAUUGUCAAUGGAGAAGUCAGCAUGGAGAGUGAACAAGAUGAAAAACCAGGAACACCUACUUUGACAAAUUCUAACACUGCUAGUGAGGAGGACAAACCCAAGUCUGUUUCAACUACCAUACAACAACCUCAGCAACAGCCACCAUCACAGCAGCAAGAGAAACCUACUCAGGACAAAUCAAAGCCAGUAUCAAGCAAUCCUGUUCCGGGUACACCAUGGUGCGUGGUAUGGACAGGAGAUGGCAGAGUUUUUUUUUAUAAUCCUUCAUCUCGCACAUCAGUAUGGGAAAGACCUGAAGAACUAGCUGGCAGAUCAGAUGUAGAUAAAUUAGUUUCAAGUCCACCCGAAGCUGCAGUAGAAGCUGGUGUCAAGCGGGAAGCAAGCAAUGAUACAGAAACGAAUGUAUCUAAAAAACAAAAGGUUGAGCAACCACAACCUCAACCAAAACAAACCGUCGAGGUCAAAGAAGAAAAGGCUGAGAAAAAGGCCAUUGACAUAGGUAAAGAAGCUGCCAUGGAGGCAGAAGUAAGAGCUGCUAGGGAGAGAGCAAUAGUUCCACUAGAAACAAGAAUUAAAUCUUUUAGAGAAAUGUUGUCUGAGAAAGAGGUUUCUGCUUUCAGUACAUGGGAAAAAGAACUUCACAAGAUUGUUUUUGAUCCAAGAUAUUUACUACUCACUUCGAAAGAAAGGAAACAGGUCUUUGAAAAAUAUGUGAAGGAAAGAGCUGAAGAGGAAAGAAGAGAAAAGAGGAACAAGAUGAAAGAACGAAAGGAAGAAUUUCGUCGCCUAAUGCAAGAAGCGAAUCUUCAUGGAAAAUCUUCAUUUGCUGAUUUCGCUACAAAAUAUGCUAAAGAUGAAAGGUUUAAGAAUGUUGAGAAGAUGCGGGAAAGAGAAAGUCUGUUUAACGAGUAUAUACUUGAAGUAAGAAAACGUGAAAAAGAGGAGAAAGUGCAGAAAAGAGAUCAGGUGAGAAAAGACUUUUUCUCGUUACUCAAAGACUCAUCUGAUGUCGACCGCCACUCAAGAUGGGGUGAAAUCAAGAAGAAAUUGGAUUCUGAUCAGCGUUACAAAGCUGUAGAAUCAAGUGCUCAAAGAGAAGAUUGGUUCAGAGAGUUCAUUAAACAGUUAAAGGAUGAAAGAAAAAAAGAAAAAGAUAGAAGAGAGCGUGAGCGAGAAAGAAAGGACAGAGAUAGAGAUCGUGAAGAAAGAAGAGAAAGGAAAAAAGAGAAAGAAGAAGAAAAGGAAAAUAAACCAGAAAAAGAAGUUGAGGAUGAAGAAAUGAAAGAGGUUGAAGAUGCUGAAAAAGAAAAAGAAGCACGUGAGAAAGAGGCUGCUGACAAGGCUGCUCGUGUUGAGGCAUCUCUACGAGAACGUGAAAAGGAAGUACAAAGAACGUUAGCUGUUCAUCUUAGGGAUCGAGAUACAGAGAGAGAAGCUCACAAACAUGACGAAGCAGUACAACAUUUUAAUGCUCUUUUAGCAGAUCUGGUUCGAAAUUGUGAAUUAAGUUGGAGAGAAGCUAAGCGUCAACUUCGUAAGGAUCAUAGAUGGGAAUUAGCUGAACUUUUAGAUCGUGAAGAAAAAGAAAAACUUUUUAAUGCACAUAUCGAACAGCUUACUCUAAAAAAGAAGGAAAAAUUCAGAGAAUUGCUUAAUGAAACUCCAGAAUGUUCUUUAUCAUCAAGUUGGAAAGAAGUAAGAAAGGUUAUCAAAGAUGAUCCAAGAUAUAGUAAAUUUUCUUCUAGUGAUAGGAAAUGUGAACGAGAGUUCAAAGAAUACAUUAAGGAUAAGCUAGUUGCUGCUAAAGCUGAUAUGAGAGAACUUUUGCAGGAGACAAAGCUGAUAACCCACAAAUCUAAUGCUUUGGUCGAAGAGAAUGAAUCACAUAUGAAAGAAAUAGAAGAAAUGCUUGAGAAAGAUAAAAGGUACCUGGUGCUAGGCCAUAUUCCUGAUGAAAGGCGAGAAAUAGUUAAAGCAUACCUUGUAGAAUUAGAAAAACGGGGGCCACCUCCCCCUCCGACGGCCUGCGAUCCUUCAAGGAGGUCAUUAAAAUAAUGUAGACAUUUACUACUUUUUACAGGGAAAGAAGGUAAGAAGUAUAUGCUAAAAGGUUUAUUUUCCUUUUAUGUAAAAUAUAUUUCUUUUUGUAUUUUAAACAAUCAAACCUGUUGUAUAUAUUUAUAAUUUAAUUUAAUCUAUUUAACUAGUUUCACUUGUUUAUUUUUGUUUAUAUAUAUAUAUAUAUAUAUAUAUAUAUAUAUAUAUAUAUAUAUAUAUAUAUAUAUAUAUAUAUAUAGAUAUAUAUAGAUAUAUAUAUAUAUAUAUAUAAUUGAAAGUACUAAAAAGUUUCAUAAAUCAAUAAGAUUAAAAGUUAAAAUGUAUUUUGUAUCUUAAUUUUUUACUGUGACAAACUAAGGUGAUAUGCAACCAGCAUCUUUUGACUAUCUCUUGGAGUUUUUUCAAUAAAAAAAUCAUUUGUUGUGGUUUUAGUUUCACAUUAUUCAUUUAUAUCCUGUUCUAAUGUAUAUCUAUUCAUAUGAUUAGAUAAGUUUAUAAGUUAUUUAUAUUUGUAUAUUUCCCAUUUUGUUUUGUAUUUUCUUAGUUUAUUUUUUUCUUUUUUUUUAGUUACUGAAGGAGCUAAGAUGUAAACAAAUCGAUAACAUGUUAAUUUAUUUUUUACCAUUGUUUUGUAUAUAAACUCCAUUAAUCACUUUUAUCAAUAUUGUGAUUGAUUUAAUUAUUAUUAUAAGAUUAACUAGCUCUGAAGAACUGUCCUGUCAUAGUGCAAUUGUACAAAUUAUUUUUUGUUUUUAAUUAUUGUAGUAGUACAUUGUCAUUAGUUUUAUUCUCGCUACACAAAUAAUUGUAUGUAUGUUUUUAUUAC